AUGAGCAUACAGGAAGAUGAUAAACGAGUGAAGAACAGGUUUGGAUGGGUUAAGAGACUCAUGCAGGGCCAGGGACCCAGAACUAAUGGUACAUCUCACAACCUGCUGCUUCCUAGGCAGCAUUAUGAUGCAAACAAGAGGCAAUCAAGGCACCCGCGAGGUGAUGGAGAUGAUGAUGAUGAGGACGAAAGAUUAAGAGGUCUUGAAGGAGAUGAAGAUAUUAGUGUAAUGACAAACGAUACAGAAACACAUGUGAGCUUUUACUCUGAUAAUGUAACUACAGGCUCUUAUAUGGAUAAUGUGAGUACAACGCCAUUGAAGUCCAUUGGGUCUACUCCAUCAACCAAAUCUCCCUCCGUCUUAAGUGCAGCCAUCAAUAAUGACAUUGAUAAUUCGCUGUAUGUUGCUUCCACGACUGAAACGUCAAUCACCCCAACGGUGACAAAUAACCCACAACUCAGCCACAAUUUAAGCUACCCUAACAGUCAAUUGAGUAAUCUGAUUAGUGCAACAGGUUCGGGCUCCGGGGGACCAGAUAGACUGGUACAACAAGGAGGCAGUGUCAGUAUAAGUAGUGCGGUACCUGGUAGUAAUACUGGACCUACAAAUGGUGGACCAGUUGAUAGAGAUAGUGAAUCCAUUGUGACUUUAGCCAGCAGUUCCCGAAGAUUACGGAGAAGAUCACUAGACACGAAUUGUAGCACUGCCGGUAUACCACCGGCUAGUAUAAUGGAGCGUCUAUCAGUAAACCCCACCGCUGCGAAUAGUACCUAUGCAGUGAGUAUGUACGAUAGGGGGAGUGUCUACAAUAACGAUAGAGGUAGUGUUUACAAUAAUGACAGAGGAAGUUUGAAUGAUGUUGCUUCUAGUGAGCAAACUAGCGAGCAAAUGUCGAGAGAAAAUUAA